CACAACCUGCCUCCCCAUCCUCCCCGCCUCAAAUACAUUCACGAGUCAGAUGAACUGAUCCUGGAGGAUGAGCUGCAGCGGAUCAAACUUGAGGGAGAGAUACCGAUUGACAAGCUGGUGACAGGGACCAUCCUUGCCGUCUACGGUUCAGAGAAGGACGAUGGCAGAUUCCUUGUGGAAGAUCACUGCUUUGCAGAUAUGCCAACCCAGCUGCCUAUGAUGGGGCCCAACACAGACAAGUGAGGCCCCUAUAACCUUGUCCUAGGACGACCUCUGUUGAAGCAGUCCAGGGCUCUCAGAAUGCAGGCAAAAUAUCUCACCAAGAAGACUCAAGCAGCCAGUGUGGAAGCUGUAAAGAUGCUGGAUGAAAUUCUGCUGCAGCUCUGUAUGUCCAUCCCUGUAGAUGUAAUGCCAGGCGAGUUUGAUCCAACCAACUACACGUUGCCUCAGCAGCCCCUGCACCGCUGCAUGUUUCCUCUCUCGAAUGCCUACACCACCCUGCAGCUAGUCACCAACCCAUACCAGGCAAACAUUGAUGGAGUCAGAUUUCUGGGAACUUCAGGCCAAAACGUGAGUGAUAUUUUCAAGUACAGCAGCAUGUCUGAUUAUCUGGAAAUUCUGGAAUGGACCUUAAGGAUUGGGCAUCUCAGCCCCACAGCUCCAGACACUCUGGGCUGCUAUCCAUUUUACAAGACAGACCCCUUCAUCUUCAGCGACUGCCCUCAUAUCUAUUUCUGCGGCAGUGCGCCCUCCUUCAAAUCCAAGGAAGUCAAAGGGGAAGAUGGCCAGAAAGUCUUGUUGGUGACACUUCCUGAUUUCAGCUCAACAAAGACUGCUUGCUUGAUCAAUUUGUGUGAUCUCACUUGUCAGCCGGUUACCUUCUCGGCCUUUGGUGAUGAUGAUGAUGAAGAAGAAGAGACAGUGAUGGAGACUGCUGAGUGAGAGACAGGGGCUUAGUUCUCCUUCCUGGAACUUGGGACUCAUCCCUGUUUUUUUUACUGUUGAGUUUGACCUUUGAUUUGUUAGAUAGAAAUACAAUAAAAUAUUCCGGUUUCCCUCA